AUGUGUGAGUCCUUAGAUGCAGCACUGGAAGAGGGUGAAAACAUGACGGACAUAAUCAGUAAAGCCGAUAACAGCAGCGAUGCAGCAUUCAAGCUUCGAGGAUCAUGGAUAAGACAGCGAGACCAAGUGGCAACUCUACUGAAGACUCUCCUGUUAUUUAGCAAGUCCCCCGUGUGGCGCAUAGUUGUGCUCACGGAUAACCACUCCACUUUUGACAAGAUUCUCAAAAUAACUGAUGGUUUUCCCAGUCGAGAACGAGGCCGUUUGAUUUUGGAACGUCGAGAUCAGUGGUACCCCCCUGCGCAUCCGGAAUUGCGUGACGACUGGCGACCCUGUGCUUGGGCAAAGCAGUUCCUGGCCGAGGCGCUUCCCGACGAAGAUGCUGUUGUGUAUGUGGAUACAGAUGUUGUGUUCCUUGGGCCCGCGGAGACGAUAUGGAGCGUUUUCAGGUCACUAGAACCGCAAGAGUUAAUUGCUUUGUCCGUGGAGCCGCAAUACCUGUUCGACAAACCGAAACGCUACCACGCUGGUAGUAUCGGCCUCAAUACCGGCGUGAUGAUAACUAAUCUCACGCGCCAAAGACAACUUCCCGGAGGAAGUCUAGGCUCAGCAAUGAUUCAAGCGGGACUUCUCAACACACGCUACCUGUACCGGCAUGACCAGGAUGCCCUCAACCACUACCUGAAGAAGAAACCUCACUUGUUCCUGGAAGUAUCGCCUCGCUGGAACUUUAUCCUCGGUGCCUGUAACCGUGAGGCUCCGUACUGCGUCGACUGUGUGACUUACGGAAUCGUGGUUCUCCAUGGAGCCGAUGCUACUUUCUACAGGCCUAUCGACAGGAAAUUUCUGGCGAUAUACGACAGUCUCCUCCACAUGUCCCUGGAUCAGGACCCGCGUCGUCUCUUGGCCAAAAUCAAGAGGAAGCUCGAAGCACUGGACUACCUGCACGUGAAAGACUUCAUUUGCCAUGACUAUGCUUUAUUCAACCAUGCU